GUGAGCUCCGGCGAGCGCGCUCCGGCGCCUGGUUUUGCCUGCGGCUUCCGCUGGCGUAUGGUGGAGGGGGAGGCUCCGGCCGCCGGGGAUCCGGUGCCGGGUUUUGUCUGGGGCCGGCUAGGGAAGUUGCCGAAGUUGGGCCGUGAGUGCCGGGCCCGCGGCGCGUCCUUCCUGCGGCCCGGCCGGGGCAUGAUGGAAGCAGCAUGGCCGCCCACCUCUCCCUGACACAGCUCUCAAGUGCAAAUCCUGUGUAUGAAAAAUUCUAUCGACAGGUUGACACUACGAAUGCUGGAAGAGUGUUAGCUUCUGAUGCAGCUGUGUUCUUGAAAAAGUCUGGACUGACAGAUUUGGUACUUGGAAAGAUUUGGGACUUAGCUGACACUGAUGGCAAAGGUAUCCUGAACAAACAGGAAUUUUUUGUGGCUUUACGACUUGUGGCAUGUGCACAGAAUGGAUUGGACGUUUCCCUGAGUAGUCUUAAUUUGCCUGUUCCUCCACCAAGAUUUACUGAUACUAGUAGUCCUUUGCUACUCAGUGGAACAGCAUCAAGUGAUGUACCGUGGGCUGUUAAGCUGGAAGACAAGGCCAAGUAUGAUGCUAUUUUUGACAGCUUAAAUCCUGUGAAUGGACUGUUGUCAGGCGAUAAGGUGAAACCUGUACUUCUUAACUCCAAACUGCCAGUGGACAUCUUAGGGCGAGUGUGGGAAUUGAGUGAUAUUGAUCGUGAUGGAAUGCUGGAUCGAGAUGAAUUUGCAGUUGCCAUGUUUUUGGUGUACUGUGCUUUGGAGAAGGAACCAGUGCCGAUGUCCUUGCCUGCAGCUUUGGUGCCGCCAUCCAAGAGGAAACCUCGUAGUGUUCCCGGAGCGGUGCCAUUAAUUCCAUCUGCAGCAACUACCAAAGAGUCUCAUCAGUCCUUGCCACCUGUGGGCAUUUUAGCUGCCAAAACACCUUUAACACAGUGGGUUGUGUUGCCUGCAGACAAAGUUAAGUAUGAUGAGAUCUUUGUGAAAACUGACAAGGACAUGGAUGGAUUUGUGUCAGGUGUGGAAGCCAGAGACCUAUUCUUGAAGACAGGACUGCCUUCUGCUCUUCUUGCACAUAUCUGGGCUCUCUGUGACACGAAGGACUGUGGAAAGCUUUCAAAGGAACAGUUUGCUUUGGCUUUCUAUUUAAUUAAUCAGAAGUUAACGAAGGGCAUUGAUCCACCUCAGGCGCUGACUCCAGAGAUGAUUCCACCUUCAGAGAGGGGUGUUGGGUUACAGAAGAGUACUCAAGGACUGAAUUCUGUAGCAGAUUUUUCUGCCAUUAAAGAACUUGAUACGUUGAACAAUGAAAUAGUAGACCUGCAGAGGGAAAAGAAUAAUGUAGAGCAAGACCUGAAGGAGAAAGAAGAUACCAUCAAGCAGAGGACAAGUGAGGUCCAGGAUCUACAAGAUGAAGUAAAACGGGAGAGCAGUAACCUGCAGAAGCUGCAAGCCCAGAAGCAGGAAGCACAGGAAAUCCUUCACGACCUCGACGAGCAGAAGGCCAAGUUGGAAGAGCAGCUGAAUGACAUCAGGCACAAGUGUGCGGAGGAGGCGCGUCUGAUUGCCGUGCUGAAGGCUGAAAUAACAAGCCAGGAAUCAAAGAUUUCAGCGUAUGAAGACGAACUGACCAAAGCUCAGGAGGAGCUGAGUCGCCUGCAGCAAGAAACGGCCGAGCUGGAGCAUUGCAUAGAGUCUGGGAGAGCACAGCUGGGGCCUCUUCAGCAACAUCUGCGGGAUUCACAGCAGGAGAUCCAUUCAGUGCAGACAAAGCUUCUCGAGCUCAAAGAGUUGGAAAACAACCAGUCUAGUUGGCACUCUGAGCCACAUAAUACACUUGUUAAUGGAACUGCGGAUCAUUCUAGUCUUAGCAACAGCAGCAGUGAAACUGCGAACCUUAAUGAGAACGCUGAAAGGGAAAGUAUAGCAGAAGAUGAACAAAUAAACAGUGUGUCUCCAGUGAGGAAUAGUCCUGAAACAACAGCCCCUGUUGUGGAGGAAGAGAAGGAGACCCCAGCUGCAACUGCUCCCAAAAAAGAAGAUCCAUUUGAUGCUGAAUCUCAUCCGUUGCCUGAUCUAGUUUCUGAAGCCAGCUUAGAGUUCUUCCAGUCUGACCCUUUUGUUGACAGUGAUCCCUUCAAAGAUGACCCUUUUGGGAAAAUUGAUCCCUUUGGUGGUGAUCCCUUCAAAGGCUCAGAUCCUUUUGCAGCUGACUGUUUUUUCAAACAAUCCUCCAGUGAUCCUUUUGUGACUGCUGGCACUGAUCCAUUUAGCACUGCAGACAACAGCAAUAGUAUCACAACAGAGAUAUCAAAGAAGAAUGACCCUUUUGCUCCUGGUGGAACAACUGUUACUACAUCAAAUGAUCCAGCUACCGACCCCUUUGCCUCUGUGUUCGGAAAUGAAUCCUUCGGAGGCGGCUUUGACUUCAGCACGCUGUCAAAGGCCAACAACGAGGAUCCCUUUAGCUCUUCCACAUCGGGUUCUGCCAACAGCGUGAUCAUAACUAAAAACUUAAUUGAGGAACCACCAGCUAAAAAUGAGGAUGUUCCUCCUGCAUUGCCCCCGAAAACAGGAACACCCACAAGGCCCUGCCCACCACCCCCUGGGAAGAGACCGACCAGUCAAAUGGACUCUUCAGAUUCCUUUAAACCGAGAGACCCAUUUCAGCCGUUCCCCGCCCCGGACACUCCCGAAGAACAAGCAGCAGACCUGUUCUCUGACCCGUUUGCUCCCACCAGCGCCAGUAAGGAGCCUGACCCCAACAAUUUUGCAAACUUCAGUACUAAGUCGUGGUGUCCAAGCAGUAGAAGCAAAUCUAAAGUAUUCUACUGAGGAAGACAUGAUUGAAUGGGCUAAGAGGGAAAGUGAGAGAGAAGAGAAAGAGCGAUUGGCAAGACUGAAACAGCAAGAGCAAGAAGACUUGGAACUGGCUAUUGCACUCAGUAAAUCUGAAAUAUCAGAAGCAUGAAGUUUAGAUAAGAUUUUGUCUGAUGUCAACUGUUUUGUCCCUGUUCCUGAAUACCUAACCUAUUUAAAUGUUAAUCAGAAAAUACAUAUAUACAAGAAACUAUGAGAAGGUUAAAAAUUUCUGAAAGUGGUGUAAAUGUUUCUGCAAAAUUCAAUCCUUUUGGUUAUUGUUUGAGUAACUGUUAAGUUUAGCAUUCAGUUUCUCUCGAGUUUUCAGGAGAACAAAGUAAUCUUCCCAGCUGUAAGCAAAUUAGUUGAAAAUGCAGAUAGCAAGGUUGUAGUUUGACUGUAAUCUGUCAGCAGUUGGUAACCGAGCAUGAAGUGAACACAGCGAUUAUUCUGCAGGGCUGACUGUCUCCUGUCAAGCAGUUAGUCGUUUGAAACCUUUUCUCCUUCUGAAGAGAUUUUAGUAAUGCCAGAGUUGUGGAGUGCUUUAUUUUACACAUAUGCAUAUAGAUUUUCCUCUCAUUGAGGACUCCGUGUUUGGAUUUGAAAUAACAAUCUUCAUGGAGAUUCUUCUUAAGUCAGAAAGAGUGAGACUUUCUGAAACCUUUAAUGCUUUCCUUGCAUGGUCAUAGGUUUUAAGACAGACCUGCUAUUUUGUUUUAUAAAGCAAUUAAUUUUAAGAUUCAUAUACAUUUACUGUUGGCCAAAAUGACUGUCAGAAUAUGAGACCCUGCUGCUAUUUGAGCCACUCUUACCUGUGAAAUAUGCAGCUGAACUGGCAAGUUAAUAAGUUCAAUUUGAAAUAGGAUUGAGAAUAGAAAGAAAAACCAGUCUGCUUUUUGUUUAAAAAACCCACCACAGUUGUUUUCUGUGUAUGUAAUUUAUUGAUGCCAACUGAUAGUUGCACCUUAAACUGAAUGAUUUCUUUAUGGUCACUGAGUCAGAGUAGGGUUAAUAGAAUGUUAGUGAAAAUAACUUAUUGUUCAUUUUGAAAGAAAUCUUAUUCUGGAGAACCAGUUUCAUUAAAUUCGUUGCAAGAAGAAUAAUCUUUGCCCUGUGUAAGAGGAAUGGAUGGCGGCAGCAUGAACACCAAGAGGGAUUUUUCCUUGCACUUUUGACCUGUGGUGUUUCUGAUGGGGCAGCUGGAGAGUUGGGACACACAGCGCGGGGAGGACGGGGAGGACUCGGCCGCGCUCCCGUGUGUUUAAGCUCUUCCCAUUACCCUCAGUGCUGCUGUUGCACCAGUUUGAGGGUAGUUUUCAAUUUUUCAGGAAAAAUGGGCAACCUGACUGGGAUUUUUUUUGCACUGGGAAAUUAUCAUUUAAACACCUGCUCAAAAAAAGUAACUUAAAAUUUUGCAAGUAUUAAAUAGUAAUAACUUAUCUAUACAUCUUUGUAAUGAGUGUACACUAAUCUUUCAAAUCAUAUGAUUAACUGGAUUACAUAGUUUCCUAUCUUUUGUUAAAAAUGUAUACUCAGUGGACCAACAUAAUGUUAUAUGUAUAUAUUAUAUAUAUAUUCCUGCUUUCCAUUAGGGAAUUUAAAGUUUUGAGUCACUUGAUGUUACAUUUCAUGUUACUGACUCUGACUAUAGUACUUUUACUCGGACACCAACAAACUGCUGCUGUGAGCUAAAUGGCAUUACUUUAUGAAGUUUUAACUUUUUUUUUAAACAAAAAAACUCGUUCAGGUGGGAUUAGCCUCUAUUUAUAGAUUCCAUUUUGUUUAAAAAUUCUAACAAUAGCCUGUAAUUAUAAAGAAAUAAAGUUUAAGUACAUAAGUGUGAA